AUGGAACAGGAGGAAAGGCUACAAAGAUUUAAGUGGAGUAGAGAGCUAUCACAAGAAGAACUAGCAGUAAUAAACGAAAUUGGCGAGAAAAUUCAGAACAUAACACUUGCUUCGGGGAGGAGGGAUAGUUGGAAUUGGUGUUCAGGGCAAUACUCAGUCAAAGAAGCCUAUGAGAUUCUUAUGGCGAGAACUCCUUCUGACGGAGAGACAAAUUACUCAGAAGCUUGGAAUAGAUUCAUACCGCUAAAAGUGGCAGUUCUAGUUUGGAGACUUUUCCAAAAUAAGAUUGCGUCAAAGGAUAACUUAGUUAAGAGAGGAGUUCUCAAUCAAACCCAAUCGGAUUGCCCUUAUGGAUGCGCGGUUACUGAAAAUGCUUCUCAUAUUUUCUUUGAAUGUAUUUUCUUUAUGCAGACUGGUGUAACAGGCAUUACUUAUGCCUUUCCUGUUUCUUUUAUUGAAUAA